AUGGGUCGCAACGCUGCUAGCGAGCGCCUGUCGUCCCUCGACGGCCAGGCGCCGGAAAGCACCGACUUCGCCAACUACUUCUGCACGUACGCCUACCUGUACCACCAGAAGGACAUGCUUGAGGACCACAAGCGGACUGGCGCCUACUACAACGCUGUGCUGCAGAACAGGCGCCAGUUCCACGGAAAGGUGGUUCUGGAUGUGGGCACUGGCAGCGGCAUUCUGGCCAUAUUUGCCGCCAAGGCAGGAGCAAAGAAGGUAUACGCAGUUGAGGCCACUGACAUGGCGAAGACGGCGCGCAAGCUGGUGGAGCACAACAAGUUCGGUGACGUCAUCGAAGUGAUUCAGGGCACCAUUGAGACCAUCGAGCUGCCGGAGAAGGUGGACGUCGUCAUCAGCGAGUGGAUGGGCUACUUCUUGCUGCGCGAGUCAAUGCUCGACAGCGUGCUGCUGGCACGGGACAAGUUCAUGAAGCCAGAUGGCGCCAUGUACCCCAGCCACGCGCGCAUGUUCAUGGCCCCCAUCCACACGGAGGUCGGCUCGCGGCGCAACACAGAGUUCCAGGGCUCUAUGGAGGGGUGGGCUGAGUUCAUCCAGGAGAUGCAGAGUUUCUACCAGGUGGACCUGGAGUGCCUGAACGACACCUUCCGCCAAGAGCAGCGCGAGUACUACCUUCAGACGGCGCAGUGGUGCGACGUGCACCCGAGCCAGCUGCUGGGCCCGGGGACGCCCUUCAAGUCCUACGACUUGGGGAAGGUCACAAUCGAGCAGAUCAAGGCUGGCAUUGAGGAGGAAUUUGAGAUGGAUGUCGUCGAGGGCGGCCCCGUCCACGCCUUCUGCGGCUGGUUCGACGUCGCCUUCCGCGGCAGCGACGCGCACCCCGCCGACACGCCCGUCACGCUCACCACGGCGCCCGACCCCACCGGCGCGACCCACUGGGGCCAGCAGAGCUUCUACGUCGUGCCGCCGGUCGAGUGCUCCCCCGGCGACAUGCUCAAGGCGUCGAUCAAGGUCGACCGGCGGAAGGACAACCACCGGCUGCUGAGGGUGGAGAUGGGCGUGAGCAUCGACGGGCAGCCGGGCAGCAGCCGCCAGCUCGCGUGGAACAUUGAGUAG